AUGGAUCGCAUAGAAAUAUACUACCAGUUUUCUCUCCCUUUUCCUCUUUAUUCACCCCUUUCCAUAGUUAGUGGUUGCCUCCUUCAAUUGGUGAUGAGCGACCCCCUCGUUGCGCAGCUUGAAAAGGAUUUCCGCGCGAUUGAGCAAUCGGAUCCGUCCAUCGCCGAUGGCUUUCGGGUAGUAUACGACCGCGAGGUUCCCUGUGAGUUACGCGGAGCGGACGGGAGCGGUGACGGCUCACUAGAGGGUUUGAAAGUGAAGGUACUGACACUUGGUGACGAUCACACUCUAACGGCAUUGCGUGUAGAGGUAACGAGUGAAUGUGACCUCUUCUUCCAUCAGACAUGUGUCAUCAAUCACGUCGGCUUCUUGCGACUGAGAGAACACCAGAGUCUUGUGUGUGACUUUGCAGACUUUCUCAUGACGUUUUUGAAGAUGCUCAACCGUUGUAUUAAAGAACCCCAACGCUUUUUAAUGGUAUAUGUUGUGGGGGCGGAUGGAACAGCUAAGAUGGAGUUUGUAGAAAAUUUAGAGUACAAAAUUAUCAACGUUUUAUCCCUCCCCUUUCGCGCCUCGCCAGAGGAGGUGGUGCGGGAACAGAUUGGCUACCGCUACAGUGCUGUCCGCGCCAGGCUAGCCAUUUUGACAGCCCAACUCAAGAGCGCUACUGUCACACUUGGAAAAACGCGAUAA